AUAGCUGAAAUACAGAAAGAUGUGGAAUACAGAUUGCCAUUUACCAUAAACAACCUGACAAUUAACAUUAAUAUAUUGCUUCCUCCACAAUUUCCUCAGGAAAAACCAGUGAUCAGUGUUUAUCCACCAAUACGGCAUCACUUAAUGGAUAAGCAAGGAGUAUAUGUUACCUCUCCACUAGUAAACAAUUUUACAAUGCACUCAGAUCUUGGAAAAAUUAUUCAGAGUCUGUUGGAUGAAUUUUGGAAGAAUCCUCCAGUUCUAGCCCCUACUUCAACAGCAUUUCCAUACCUAUAUAGUAACCCAGGUGGGAUGCCUCCUUAUGCUUCUCAGGGUUUUCCAUUUCUUCCUCCGUAUCCCCCACAAGAAGCUAACAGAAAUAUCACUUCUUUAUCUGUUGCUGACACUGUUGCUUCUUCAACAACAAGUUAUACCACAGCCAAGCCAGCUGCUCCUUCAUUUGGCGUCCUUUCAAACCUGCCAUUACCUGUUCCCACAACAGAUAAUUCAGCACCGACAAGCCAAAAUGGUUUUGGGUACAAGAUGCCAGAUGUCCCUGAUGCAUUUCCAGAACUCUCAGAGCUAAGUGUGUCACAACUCACAGAUAUGAAUGAACAAGAAGAAGUAUUACUAGAACAGUUUCUGACUUUGCCUCAAUUAAAACAAAUUGUUACUGACAAGGAUGACUUAGUAAAAAGUAUUGAGGAACUAGCAAGAAAAAAUCUCCAUUUGGAGCCCAGCCUAGAAGCCAAAAGACAAAUUGUUUUAGAUAAGUAUGAAUUGCUUACACAAAUGAAGUCUGCUUUUGAAAAGAAAAUGCAAAGGCAACAUGAACUCAGCGAGAGCUGUAGUGCAAGUGCCCUACAAGCAAGAUUGAAAGUAGCUGCACAUGAAGCUGAAGAAGAAUCUGAUACUAUUGCUGAAGAUUUCUUGGAGGGAAAAACUGAAAUUGAUGAUUUUCUCAGUAGCUUCAUGGAAAAGAGAACAAUUUGCCACUGUAGAAGAGCCAAGGAAGAGAAACUUCAGCAGGCAAUAGCAAUGCACAGCCAAUUUCAUGCUCCACUAUAGGUAAAUUGUAUUUCAGGUUUGAGUCUCAAUCUAUUGUAUAAUUGCAUACAUAUCUUUAACUGAAACGUUCUUAACAGUGCCUGUUCAUCCAGCCUUAAGCAUAAUUCUGUCAUUGUAGCUAUUGUAUUAUUUAAGGUAUAGAAUGCUUUAUAUUAUACAUCAAACAUAAUAUAAGUAAGCAUAUAAUCACUAGAAA